GUUCAAUUGAUUUGGACCUUUAUCAGUUAUCAGAUUCGCUGUCUUCUGAUAAAGCUAAUUUCCUGAUAAAUCCAAAAACUCACUAUUGUUUGAACGGUCGAGAUGAAUAAUAGUAUAUUCGUUUUGGUGCUUGGCGUUCUUCACGCCGUUUUGGUCAGUGGAACUGUUAAUAUAUGUUAUCACUACAAAAAAAAUGUUCCGGAAUUAUUAAAUGAUCAGCAUAAUGUAUACUUGACAAUGAAUGACAGCAUCUACGUGGGAACCCAGAGAGUGAAUUUCACACAUCCCGCGAUAAGCCUGGAUAUACUCUUUGAUAACCUGACGGUCAGUCACUUGACGAAUAUUAAACCUAGUAUUUUUAACGAGAAGAAACAGAUUCUCAACCUGACCUUUCCGCAUAUCUUUGCCGAAGGAGAGUACGAUAUGAUGGGCAACAUUGGAGAUUUAUUCGACAUCUUUGGGAAGGGCCACUUUCGGGGUCGUUUGAUUGACGUGUCUAUCGCUUUGACUUUAGACUUUAUUUUUAACUCGACAUCAAUAUGUGUGCCUGCCACGUUGGAUGUGAGAAUAGGAAAAGUGAUGCUUAAUUUUAGCCACUUCAUGGGCGAUAAAGAUAUGGAAAAGCUGAUGAAUAAAGGUUUCAGUAAAAUAUUACCGGAGAUCAUUAGAGUGUUUUGGGAAGAAAUGAAGGAAGGAAAUGAUCCUUCAAUCGAGGAGUGGAUUAAUUCCAUCAUCAAUCGAAAUCCAGCUGUAUCAUCUGUGAUAGAGAAAAUGAUUCAGGAAAGCUCACAGGUUUCGUAAAAAAACCUAUCGAGUUAUAAGAGUUUCCUGGAUGAGAAAUUCAGUAGCAGUAGGAAUGGGGUGUUGAUUGUGUGUUUACAUAGUUUCGAUUUCGUUAAACCUAUGACAAUAAAGCAAAAAUAGUUUAUCUGCAAAUAUUUUCUAGAAACCUGUGUGUUAUGAAUAUGUCUAUCAUGAAUACAAUCAAUGAAUAAAU